GCCGACGCUGACUAGUGCUGACUACGCAGGCCUUGCAAAUACUGUUGCACUGCCAAACAAUUAGUGCUUACUUUUGACCAACUUCAUUUCCACAAAAUGCCUGAUGAUGCACCUCGUAGUGUGUCUGGAGAUCUUGAUCUAGACUCUGAUAUCGAGUCCCAUCUCGAUCACGCUGAUGAGCCAGGGGAGCCGAAUAAACCGGGCAGGAAAAAAAAUCCGAACUCGCAGGCAGCGCGUCGGGAUCAAAAUCGUAUCGCCCAGCGUGAGUUUCGCUUGAGGAAGCAGCAAAGGAUCCGUGACCUCGAAGCACGCGUUGAAUUGCUUUCUGCGUCCCAAGAUGAAGCUCUGACUGACUGCAGAGCAAUUCUUAGGGAUCUUAUGACCGAAAAUCAAGUUCUUCGCGGCCUCUUAAAGAGUGUAUCGGGGUUUAUUGGUGAUGGUGCCGGUGGUUUGCUCGUGAAGCUUGGUUGGGAUAUGGCAGACUUCGACAGUUUCGUCAAUAAGGCAGAAACGGACACUGCAUGGGAGAGUUUCCAAACCCGCAAACAUUCCCUCAAGACUUCGCAAACAUCAAACGCCAUGAGUUCAAUGCUUGGCACGCCGAGUAACACAGGAAAGCGCCCAUCAGACGACGACAGUGGGCCUGGAAUGGCGAAGAAGGCAAGAGGUAUGAGUAACUCAGAGCAAAACGGUGACCGUCGGGAUUCUUACCCACUCAUGCUACCCAUGAGCUCUGCGGUGCCUCCUGCUAGCUCCUUAUAUCCUCCUCCACCCCCGCAAGGACGCUCUCCUCAGGACACUAUGUUUUCGGAUCUCAUGCAAUCAGGGAAUUCGCCCGUCUUCAUGUCCACUACGACGUCUAGUACACCGAGUCAUUAUGCUGCCUCUGAUUUUCAACCUUAUGUGCCCCAAAUGAAUAUGAACGUCGAGCAACGCUUAGGGGCAAUGUCCUACUCCACGAACAAAACGAAUGGGGCUGUCCCUCUUCCGCAGCGGGUUCUAUCUCAAAAGCCCUCCGCUGAGGAGCCUGACGAUCACGAUAUGGCAGAACUUCGAGAUCCCAAAAAGAUCGAGGCUAUGAAAUUGAUCCAAUAUCACCUCGACAAUUUCAUGAGAAAUAGUGCUUAUUGUCUUCCAGCUUCAUUACGACCAACUCUGGUGCAGAGAACGAUUAAUCAUGAAAGUGUUAUUGACCGUAUUAUAUAUCCUGAGCUCCGAGACCGUAUCAUCCUUCUUCGAGGGCGAAUUUCGUUAGCGGACUGUCUUUUUGACUACAAGAAGGCGGUCAAACUUCACGGAGACGAUGUUCUUGCCCAGCAUAAUUGGGAACUUGCUGAGUGGUGGUUACGGAAAUACAGUUACCUCGUCGAUAAGGUAACUCUGAAUGUGUGUAAUCGCUGGAGGCGCGAGCGCGGUGAACCCGAUUUGUUGGCAUCUGAUAUUGGUGCUCAAGGGGACUCUCCGCCGUCCUAGGACUGGUGUGGUUUCAAGCUAAAGCCUUGUAAACUUAUUA